AAAGAAUAAAAAUAAUUUCCUUGCUCUUUAUUUUGACAUACUUUUUAAAAACAAAAAGAAAAAAAGGUUAAUAAAAAAAAUACAGAAAAACCUCGUGAACAUUUUGUACUUCCUUUAUUAUGUAUUUCAUUUUAUAUAUAAUUAUAAUAAAAAAAUAGCAAACAUGAACAAAUUAAAAAAUAAUAAUUUAUAUCAUAAUAGUAAUCAUCAACAGACAAAUACAAAAAAAAAAAAUACGACUUAUUACAAAUCUAAAGAACAUCCAUUUAUAACAAUAUUUCUACAAAAUCAAAAAACCAUUUUCUCUUUUUCAUCCAUAACAUAUUUUUAUAACUUCUUUAUUAACAUAAGAGAUCUAUUAUUUAAUACACAUAAUUAA